GUCAACAUUUAGCAACCAGAUGCCAACACAUUAACCUACAAUCGAUCUGAGACCACCCUAUGCAGCUACGCAGUUCCGGUUAAACGUCAAAUUCGGGCUGUUUUUUAGCAGUAGAAUACAGACCGGACUGACUGGUCUACAACAGAAGAGGACCCUUCCAGGGAACAGGCUACAAAAAUGUCUUUCAUAUUUGAUUGGCUGUACAGAGGAUUCAGCAGUGUGUUACAAUUAUUAGGACUCUAUAAAAAGUCUGGGAAAUUAGUUUUUCUAGGAUUAGACAAUGCCGGAAAAACAACAUUAUUGCACAUGCUUAAAGAUGAUCGACUUGGACAACAUGUUCCAACACUUCACCCUACAUCUGAAGAACUGUCUAUUGCUGGGAUGACUUUCACAACAUUUGACCUGGGUGGACAUGCUCAAGCAAGAAGGGUUUGGAGGAAUUAUCUUCCAGCAAUAAAUGGGAUAGUGUAUCUUGUUGAUUGUGCUGACCAUGAACGUCUACUAGAAGCCAAAAUUGAGUUGGAUGCCCUCUUAACUGAUGAAACCAUCUCCAAUGUGCCAAUCCUUAUUUUGGGGAAUAAAAUCGACCGUCCAGAAGCCAUUAGUGAGGAUGCGCUGAGAGGAAUGUUUGGACUUUAUGGACACACCACAGGAAAGGGGAAUGCAUCACUGAAAGAACUGAACCUGAGGCCAAUGGAAGUCUUUAUGUGCAGUGUGUUGAAGAGACAAGGAUAUGGUGAAGGUUUUCGAUGGCUUUCUCAAUAUAUCGAUUAACAUAUUUAAUGUGUUUAUUAAUUAAAAACCUGUGUAUCCUAUUUAUUAAUUGAUUAUUUAUGUUGUAAAGAAACUAGUAACCAGGGGUGUUAUAUAUAUAUUAUCUGAGCCAAUAAAAUCCAGUGUGGUGAUAGAGAAGUAUCUGAGAUAUGCAUUCAUUCAAGCUACAGUAGCAAUUACUUACAUAAGUUAUGUUUACCUUAGCAGUAAUUUAUGCUGUUUUCUUUUCUAAAAGCAGGGAUAGAAAUACAGUUUGCUUUAACAGUUGACUGAGCUGGGUUAUUUUAAGAGGUGGCAUCAAGUUACAGAAUGCUUUUUUCAAUCCAGUGUCAAUUUUAUGCCAUGUGAAAGGUAAACAUACUAUUGAACAUUUAAAACAAGUAUUUUAAUCAGGUGAACAUCACUUGUGCUGUGAAAUCAUCAGAAGAUACAGAAUCAGUGUUUUUGGUUUCACGUUACAUUACCUCAGUGCCUUAAUGUUGGUGGUUUUUCCCCUAGUUCUGUAUUUCCCACCUGUUCAAAGGAAAAACUUCUGAAGUGAUUUGGUGUGCAUUGCCAGUGUAUACAUGCUUGCUUAUCAAAAUGACCUGAGAUUUAAAAUGAAAUAUUUCUAUCUAAUAUAUUAAAAGUGCAAAUAUUUGAUUUGUAUGUAGUAUUUUGAUACUUUUAAGACUGUGCUUAUGUAGCACUCAGUGCCAGUGAUGUCUACAUUAGCCUGUUUCAACAUUAAACUACCUGACUGUGUAAUGAGUACUUGUUGACUGCCAUCUGUAACUUAUUUGCAGUUAUGGCAUGAGAGUAUAUAGGCUUUUUUAAUUAAUAGAAAAUAUGCCUGUGCAAUAGAAAAUGUCAUAUUACUAGGUCACUUUUACCCAUACUUGUAAAUAGGCUUAAGUGAAAGGAUUGGGAGUUUCAAUGCUGCUUAUCUUUUGAAAUGGCUGAUUAUGUACAUGCCACAUGUAGCACUUUGUAGCAUUUAUGCACUGAAGUAAGCAAACAA